UUAUUAUCUUUUGCCCUUGUGUUUUGUUGGGACUACAUCCCUUGCAUUCCCUUGCCAUGGGGAAUGGCAAGUCAAAGGAGGAAACAGUCAAAGAGAAGGCCAGAGAGUGGCAGAGACAGAUUCGUGGCGAGUCGCGCCGAAUAGACCGUGAUGUGUCCAGAAUGCGCCAAGAAGAAGAGAAACUCAAGAAGGAAAUCAAGACCAUGGCUGAAAAGGGCCAGGCCGCAAGUGUCAAAACUUUGGCUCGGCAAGUUGUGCGUUCCAGAAAGGCAGUAGCGCGGCUGGAAAGGACCAAAUGUUCCAUGUCAGCUGUCAACUUGCAUCUCACCACUGCCGUGGCAUCAAUGUCGACAGCGAGUGCUUUGAAGAUGUCGUCUGGUGUGAUGAAGGAGAUGAACAGGCUGAUGAAUGUUCCAGAGCUUCAACGGACAAUGGAGGAGAUGAGGCAAGAGAUGAUGCGUGCGGAGAUAGCUGAUGAGAUGAUGGAAGAAGGCUUCCAAGAAUCAGAUGAUGAGACUGAGAUCGACUCCGCUGUUGCCAGAGUUUACGAGGAGCUCGCCCUUGACAAGUCGCAAUUGAUGGAUACAGGAGCCGCUGCUACUCCAGCACCUGUGGCCACACCAGUACCUGAAACCACAGAGGAUCCUUUGAUGAAGCGCUUGCAAGAGCUACAAAGGUGAAUCUCGACCUGGAAAUGCUGCUAUUUUGAACGGCACAGAAGGGCGUCGUAUCUUUUGCUGGGCAUGUGCAGCAUGCCAGCUUUUUGCCAGAAGCUUUGCACUUGCACAUGUACAGAGUGAGAGCUUUGAGAGCACCUUACUGCCGUCUUUGCUCAAGUGAUAUGUGUGAGCGAGAUCGGGGAGAUGUAGCCGCAGUGCGAAGGAGCACAAAGGAGCGAAUCAAGUGCCAAUUCUAUUCUGUUAGUUGAUUUGUCGAUCUAAUCUAUCAGAAUCAGACAUGUUUAUAUUGUUUUAUUUUAGUAUAUAUAUAGUUCUCAAGUUAUGUAAAGCCUGCCGUGACCCAAAACUCAUGCUGCCCCACAAGAGAGAUUGAUCCGCCUGGUGCUGCAAGAAAGCUUUCAGAGUCUCAAAAGCCUUUCACGACCAUUCCAAGGCAAUCCUUCCCAACUUAACUUCUUCUUUCAGGCGAUCAAGGUCACAAUAAAUGCCGCAGUGGCCCCGCAACUCCUGGGCUGAUGGUGUGCUUGUUUUGCCAGCAUUCCCUUUGUUUUAUGUCGACCGGUGGGUCGCUCCCACCCUCCUAAUGCUGUGUCGCGAAGCACAAGUGCUGGCACAAUGGUUCCAAGGAUCAACCUUCGAGAGGAACCUUUGUCUUGUUCAACCCACAAGCAAGCAUAUCAUUUAAGUUUCCACAGCCAAAAGGUUGACAAUGUUGUAUUAUAUAAUUAUAUACAACUUUAAGAUGCAAUAGAUGCAACUACUCCUUGAGCAGUUCAUGCGUUCUUGGCCACUGUUCCUGUCGUUUGCAAGGAUGUGCUGGGCAGUGCAUAAUUGGCAACAUGCUUUCUGCCCUUCAAUUGUCGCAGCUGGCAACUCUAAGCCUGCAAUUUCUCACAGUGUACCCCUUGGAAGGAUGGCCCGUCCAUUCUUUCUUUUCAUAUCAUGCAUUAGCUUUACUCGUGGAGCUGGGUCAGACAAGGAUGGCUUGGACAUCCGCCUUGAUCCAACAGCGCCAUAGUAUCAAAGAUAUGAGGCCAGUCGAGCCAAGGCCAGAUUCAUUGCCAGAAGCAGGUGGCUUGGGUGGCUCGGAUUCCGAGUUUGAAGGACUUGUGGAGCCCAAGAGGUUUGAAGAGAUGGUGCAACAGGAAGAGCGGUCUCAGCAGCAAGAGACUUCGAUUCCUCCUUGGCUGGUGAAGAGCUAUGCUAUAAUGAAUGCAUGCAGACCGAAAGUUUGCUCCACUUGGCAAAUGCUUCCACACUUUCCCCACAAGGCACGAGCAAGAAGCUAGUAGUAGCAGGGGCAUCGCUGGUAGUAACAAGUGCAUUGGUACUAGUAACGACG